UAUCAAACGCCAUCAUGCUGCCUACAAAUGUGAUGUCGUUUAUGAAAAAGAUGGUGGCGGCAGACGAAACAUCAAAUGGUGUCCCGGGGCAAAUAGACAAUCCUGGAACAUUCGGGAAGCUACGGCAAACGCUGUCGUCCUCACUUCUGACAGCGCAAGAUAAAGUAACAAAAUUGGGACCUCGAUCCGUGGUGACGGAGGCGAGCGUUGAACCUGCGCCAACCGCUCCGCCGGCGCAGCCUCCACCUUUAAAGCAAACUGCGAAGACUGAACGUGAAGCGGGUAAAGCACCAUCCCGGGCUGGAGCCUGUCGAGUGUGCCUGAAAGCUCUAAAGCCGGGUGAGGUGUUUCACAUUUGUAAUGGGUGUCAGCACAGAGUGUGCGAGGAUUGCUCUUCAUACUCGAAGCCAGCCAGUGAAGAGGAGUCUAGUUCCUGGCGAUGUUCAGUGUGUAGGCGAAAAGCCGCACCGCGCUUACCACCAGCAGCACAAGAUAGUACGGAUUCCUUACUGGAUGUACCAGUACUAGAGGCGUUACAACGAAGACAUUCAGAAGCUCGCUUGGGUAGUGGCGGCAGCAGCACUGGCCUGGCUCCACCACGAUCACCAGAACUACGGCGACAUUCAGAUGUAUCACCCGCUUCCCUUAAAGAAUUGGAAAAGUUGAAGGGAGGCGGCAGCACCACGCCCAUGGUGGAGUCCCGGCGUCCAAGCACAGUGACUCCAACUCGUCGUCGGUCGAUCCGAGCACCCCGUCAGCACUCCUGUGAUGAAGACCAGCAACCUCCGCACCAGCCAGCUUUGGUGGCUCCGCCUCCGAUGUCACGAAGGGCGUCAGCAGUAGAUGUAGUUGGAGCAGGGUCACGUCGCGGUUCAUAUCGCACUGAUGUUGAGCCCAGCGACACACCGCAGAUCUCGGGACUCAGUGUGGAAGAAGAAAGGCCGAUUAGACGACGGGGCAGUCAGUUACCCGACAUAGCCGCCUUACAGCAGCGUACGGGAGCUUUAAGUGCAAUGGCGGCAUUAGCGUCAAGGACAUCUGAUUCUGCUGAGUCCCUGGUGUCGUCAUCUGCGGCUGCCGCUGCUGCUGCCGCGGCUGCUGCUGCGAGACAAAUGUCCGUCGACGCUGAAGCCAUCAAAAUAGUGAUACACGAUGUUGAUGAUCAUACUCCACGGAGAGUGACAUUGCGGCGUGACCCCAACGAUAAAGGACAUAGAUCGCGUGGUUUUGGUAUGCGCGUGGUAGGAGGCAAGCCAGAUGUAAGUGGUCGGCGUGAAGCCGUCAUUGUAUGGACGGUGCCAGGUGGACCAGCUGAUCUGGCGGGACUACAGCAGGGAGAUAAGGUUCUAGAAUGGUGCGGGGUAUCCCUAACAGAGCGUAGUUUUGAGGAAGUAUGCGCUGUGUUAGAGCGAGGGGGGGACUCGGUAGAAUUGCUGGUGGAACCUGCUCAUCAGAUUGAGGAACCACCUACGCCAGCAGCCUUGCCACCACAUCAUCACGCGCUUUAUGAGCCCGAAACGGACAAAUCGCCGUCCUCGCCGACCCGACGGAAAUUGCCGAAAACCCCGGAGAGAGCCGAGCGGGCAAGAGAGCGGCCACCUGCGCGUGCUCAGCUCCAAGUCUGGUUCGAGUGUGACUUGCGCAAGCUCAUCAUACUCUUAAUCGCGGCUGAUGAUCUGCCUCCACGUGACCACACUUUAGGCUAUGGAGAUGAACCCGAAGCGUUCGCCAGGAUACGGCUUUUGCCGUCGCUGGAGAGUUGUCCACCAGUAGAGACAGACCCAGCAUCCGCAUCGUGCAGUCCCGUGUGGAACGCUACACUUGGAUUCGGUGGGCUCACAGCAGACUUACUGGCAGGACGAGCGCUUGAACUCACUUUGUGGGACGCGUGUCCGGGAAUAGAUCCUGUACUUAUUGCCGAAUGUACCAUGGACCUAGAAAAAGCGUUUGCUGAAGAGCGUGCAGUUUGGUGGACCCUGGAGGAACGCGGGUCUCGUUCUGCCAAUGCAUCUCCAAGGUCUUCCCUAUCGGGAGCACGAGCUUUGCGUCGCGGAGACUUCGCUUCACAACGAUCUGUGUCAGAUGAUGUAGAUUCUAUUGGCGAAUGUGCGUCACUGCUGCACCCUGAUCACGCCUGGGUGGCGGGAUCUCGUCGGGGCUCCUCUCAAUCUGAAACUCUUGAGGUGGAAGUGUACCAACUGGGAAAAGACUUCUCUCGAUCCUUGCCUGGAUCCCGUCGAUCCUCCUUCCAACAACAAGAUAAAGAUGGCGUGAAUGAGGGUAGCCCAGUGUGCAUCUCUCGUCGCGAGCGGCGUCGGUCGUCGUGCGUGCGACGCGACCCUGAUGACAUUCUGCGGUCCCUUCGCGCCGUCAAGGGUGAGCUCGGCCGCACGCUCUCGCUGUCUGGCUCCACUGCACGACGCACGGCCACGGGUCGCAAAGGCAGCAUGUGGGCGGCGGUGCCGGCGGCGGCAGCAUCGGCAGCCUGCGAGGUGCCCGAUGAAGAUGACGUGCCGCUGGGCCCAGGGCAGAUGCCACCGCGAAACGCCCACUUGCCGCCAUUGCAUGCCGAGAUCAACAUCAGCAUUAUCAUGAUCAAGGGACAACUGGAGCUUGAGGUAUCGCACGCACGUCGCGUGUACGGUGUAAACGGUGAGGUGCCAGAUUCAUACGUCAAAUGUUACCUCCGAGACGGAGACAAAUGGCUGCAUAAACGCAAGACACGAGUCAUCCGUCGCACAACUGAGCCACACUUCAAGCAAACACUCAAAUAUCAGGCAAACGAAUCGCUUGGUCGUAUUCUGGUAGUAAUGUUGUGGCAACGUUGCGGAGGUUUCGAGCACAAUCUGGCUUUGGGGGGAGCCGAGAUUUGUCUUGACAAGUUAACUCUGCCCCAACGUACGUACGGCUGGUACCCUCUGUUCCCGGCAACCUCGCUCGCGGCCGACGAGUCCCCCGACUGAUCCAGAGAGCCGUCGCCGGAACGUAAGGACGACUAGUUCUAACUCCCGACAGCGACGGCUAAGCUUCAGAUUAGUCUCCCGAUUUGUCUGACGACUUGCCCGAUUAGUCCCUAGUAAUGAUGUGCUGAUGCCGUACCGAGUAACUAUUGAGCCCACGAUAUGUCCUUAACAAUUCCUUCACAACUUGUAUUUUUAUGUCCCAGAUGCGAUCCUACUGAUUGUAAUUGAAGGAGCUUAAAGUUUUGCUUUAGUGCAAGGUUUAAUAUUGUCUUGAUCGAUGCAAAAAAUCGAAAAACGUAUCUCUUUAAGAACGAAUUCGAUGUUUGCCUUGAUAUAUAUUUAGGUACGAUUUGUAGGAGUUUUAUAUGUUGUAUAGUAGCUUCUAAUAUGUGAUUCUAUAUUUAAUAUUCUCGUGUUUACAAUAUUUAUUCAUGAACAAAUCUUUCACCUGCUAAUUGUUAUACCUGUUUAUGUUAUAUUUCUCAUGUGUGUGUGUAUUUGUCAACGUGUAGCAUUUAAUAAUUUUAUGUGAUAAACCCAACUUCGACACUUUGCCUUAUACUAUUAAUAAUAUAUAUCUUAAGUGAAACCUAGUUAGUAAGAACAUCUAGGUACUAUUCUUCCAAGGUUGUGCUUUAGUGAAUUUUCCCUACUAAUCUAACAUUCUUAGAUAUCAUCGUGUCAAAAUAAACUGUAAAUAUUACUUAUUUUCCAAAAUUUUCUACGCACAACUACUUUCGUGAUAACACAAAAUCGGCCUUUUAUACUAUCUAGGGAAAUACAAUCAUUUCAUAGGAUUUACUCAUCUUCGUCAUGUCAAGUACCGACUCAAUAUGGUAUA